CGCUCCCGGUGAGGCUCGCGCUCGAGCUGCGGCGCCGGCUCCCGCCGCUUGGGCCUCGGGCCCGGCCCCUCCCGCGCCGCCCGGGCGAUGAGAAGCUGCUUCUGCGUGAGACGGAGCCGGGACCCACCGCCGCCGCAGCCGCCGCCGCCGCCUCAGCGGGGAACAGACCAGUCCACCAUGCCUGAAGUCAAAGACCUCUCAGAAGCCUUGCCAGAAACAUCAAUGGAUCCCAUCACUGGAGUCGGGGUGGUGGCUUCUCGGAACCGAGCCCCGACAGGCUAUGAUGUAGUUGCACAGACAGCAGAUGGUGUGGAUGCCGACCUCUGGAAAGACGGCUUAUUUAAAUCCAAGGUUACCAGAUACCUGUGUUUCACAAGAUCAUUUUCCAAAGAAAAUAGUCAUCUGGGGAACGUGUUAGUAGAUAUGAAGCUCAUUGACAUCAAGGACACACUGCCUGUUGGCUUCAUCCCAAUUCAGGAGACGGUGGACACACAGGAAGUGGCUUUUAGGAAGAAGAGGCUGUGCAUUAAGUUUAUUCCACGGGAUUCAACAGAAGCUGCGAUUUGUGACAUUCGGAUCAUGGGUCGGACCAAGCAGGCCCCGCCUCAGUACACAUUUAUUGGGGAACUGAACAGCAUGGGGAUCUGGUAUCGAAUGGGCAGAGUACCAAGAAAUCAUGACUCAUCUCAACCCACAACGCCUUCCCAGUCAUCAGCUGCUUCCACCCCAGCCCCCAACCUUCCCAGGCACAUCUCCCUAACACUUCCUGCCACCUUCCGAGGCAGGAACAGCACCCGGACGGACUACGAGUACCAGCACUCCAAUUUGUAUGCCAUAUCAGCAAUGGAUGGUGUGCCUUUCAUGAUUUCAGAGAAGUUUUCUUGUGUUCCAGAAAGUAUGCAGCCCUUUGAUCUCCUGGGAAUCACCAUCAAAUCUCUAGCAGAAAUUGAAAAAGAGGGGCGUGUCAGGGUACCUUCCGCCGUGCUUCCUAAGCUGGAAUGCAUCUGGCAGCCUGGUUCCAAACAGUGCGCACCGUUUCCUCAUAAAAAAGAAAGCAAGCUGGGACUGGUGUACGGAUGACAACUCUGAGGAAAGGGGGUUGAGAUGAUGGAAUCAAACUGGAGUCAGACCACCGGGGCCUCCUGUUUCCCUAAGACAGCACAGGGCGUGUGGCUUCCCUUCUGCAGAGCGGGUCACACGCCACUGGCAGCCGUCCUCCAAGAGAAGCAUUCAUCUCAAAGAUGGAGAUGGUAGAACCAUUUCAAUAUUCUCCGUUCCUUGGGGUUUUCUCCUGUGUACCCAGCUAGCAGAAGCAGGCUGCAUUACUGAAAGAUGGCUGAAAUCAAGCAAAAUUGAAUCAAUGUAGUACAACAAAUUUCUAAACCUGUCAUAGCAAAAAUAAGACAAAAAAGUCCCCCUUUGUCCUCGAUUUUCGGUAUAUCACAAAAACCAACCUGAUUGUCAUAUAUAGAUUUUUUUUCUUUUUUUCUUGAUUACGUGGGGAAAAAAAUGGCUGGCUACAACAUUAGAAACAAAGGUGUGCCUAGAAUUUCGUGUCUGCCUUUCUCAAAGCAAGGGAGCCCACAGGGCCCUGCGUGGGGGGCAUCCCAGGGAAUGUGGGGAAAGCCUCAGAAGGGCUGCUGCUGCCACAGGUGUUCUCCAGGGCAGCGGCCACACUGAUAUACCCCGGACCAGCCCCCCUCCACCACAGACAGGGGCAGGUCACUUCCCCACCGUUUGCCAUGGGAUUGCAGCAGAGCCUGUCUCACAGGUGCUCUAUGAUGCCAGCUGGAUGCAGGUGUGAUGUGCUGGCAACACGGGCCCCAGCAUCCCGCCAUCUCCCCUCCCGUUCUGCUUGGGCUGCCUGUGGGCCUCACAGUGGCACUGUUUAAGCACCUGCCGUGUGCUCAGCUUGGGGCCUGAGGCUUUACAUACAUGAUCACUGGCUCCCACCCCAGGCCUCAUUCCUCCGUAUGUCAUGGGUCAAAAUUGAGACUCUGAGAUGAGGAGUAACUGGCCUAAGACGAAAUGGAGACCCAGUUUGCUGUGCUCCAAAUCCUCUCCACUGUGACGAAAAGAGGCAGCUCUGUGUCCCUCCAAGGGGGCUCUCUAGGCCGAUGGGGACAGUGGGAUCUGGGAGGCCAGUCAACCUGGUUCCCAACCCUGGGUGGGCCUUUGAGGUACUGGGGUAGGGUGAGGUGGGUGAGGGUCCCAGUGUGGGGCCCAGGGCGAGUGGUGGGAACCCUGUAAACUUUCAUUCCCUUUCCCACUCUAAGGACUGAAAUCUGCGUUUCAUUACAGUGUAGUGUCACAGUGUGGCCACCCCCAGGAGAUGCAGAGCCAGGGUGGAGAUGCACUCUGGAGUCAGUGCCUGGCUAGAAUCUCAGAUCUUCCACUGACUUUUCUGAGCUGAUGUUUCUUUUUAUACACAAUCAGGAUAGUAAUAAAAGUGCUUAGUCCAGAAUCUAUGUGGGUUUAACUGAGAAGGUCCAGUGAAUGAUGGCCUGAACCAGUGCCUGCCUCAGUGGCUGCUGGCUGCCACCUGAUCACAGCCACCACCAUCACCAUCAUUACCAUUCUCCUUGUCCACAGAGAAGGACAUGAGUCAGCACAGGCCCACCCAUUCCACCAUCCCGCUGCUCUGUUGCUGGGGCCGAAGCGCCAUCCCUGUGGACCAAGGCCAGCUGUGUUUUAUGGGUUUAGUGGCAGGUUAAAAAAACAGGCCUGGCCCAGGUGCGAUGGCUCAUGCCUGUAAUUCCAGCACUUUGGAAAGCUGAGGCAGGCAGAUCAUAUGAGGCCAGGAGUUUGAGACCAGCCUGGCCAACAUGAUAAAACCCCAUCUCUACUAAAAAUACCCCCAAAAAAGUAGCCGUAUGUAGUGGCACUUAGCCAGGUGUGGUGGUGCACACCUGUAGUCCCAGCUGCUCGGGAGGCUGAGGCAGGCAAAUCUCUUGGGCCGGGGAGGUGGAGGUUGCAGUGAGCCGAGAUCGCAUCAUUGCACUGCAGCCUGGGGGACAGAGCGAGACUCCGUCUCAAAAACAAACAAAAAAACAGGUCUGUAUUUGCUAUUGAAGUAAAUUAAAGUCAAUGUAAAGAAAUGUAGGGAAUGGGGAGAGAUUAGAACCUUAAACAGGUUGGAAAACCAUAACAAGUAUCUCUGUAGUCAAGAGCACCACAGAGUUUUUAUUUAACCUGAGGAUUUAAAAGUUCCUUUUACCAGCCAUUUGCCUGCUCGUGCUGCUGAUGUCCACACACUCGGGCCAACUGGCUCCUUCCGCGGUGCUGACUGAAGCUUUUCCCCAAAAAUAAACCUGAAGUUGCUUGUUUUAGCCACUGAUCUCGGCAUUGCUCGUGGGAGUUGGAGGCCCAAGGAGAAGUGGUGCCCGGAGCCAGGGCGACUGGCUGUCACUCCUGGGCUCUGCGUGUUUGGCCCUGGAGCGGGCUGGGUGUCCCCUGGGUCGGGGUGAGUUUGAUUUUGUGCUUUCCAUUUAGAACAGGUCUGGCUGCCCUUGGUGUGGAGCCUGGGGGUAGAGAAGUCUCUGCUCAGACAUUUGCUUUGCUCACUGUAAACCUUUGUAUUUUAUACCAUUAAACAAACAAACAAACAAGAGUGGAGUAAAUACAGUGUGAGGCUGCUUUCGGGUUCAGGGGCACAGGCCUGUGCCCGUGCCUCCUGCUCAUCCAGAACAGCUCCCCAGGCUCGCAUGGAUUCCCAAACAGGGUGGAGAGCCCGGCACCCAGGGAGAGCUGCUCCGUGCUGGGCAGGUGCUUCCCUUCGUGACCCCUCCGCACCCAUGGAGGAAGUGGGGCCCACCCAUUUACAGGAGAAGUCUGGACUCCAGAAGUUAAGCAACCGGCCAGACUCCCACAGCAGCGGCCCAGAGCUGAACAGGGGCCGAGUGUGACCCUGGCUGAAUGUGUGAUGGUCUUCAUCUAGUAAAGAGCAGUCCCACCUUGAGGGGAAACGGAAGUGUGAGCCUGAGGCAGCACUGUCCUGUCAGUCCAGAGCCUUCUGCCUGCAUUAACUGUCCUCGCCGGGCCCUGCCUGAGGGAAGUUUCUGAAUUGAAGCCCAAGCAAAAUUGCCACCAUUCAGCUUCAGGGACAGUCACCCUCCAACAAACCCCGUGACCCUGUGCACUCUGAGCAUGGAGGUUAGGGCUGUGGGCAGCCACAGGGAGCCCCCCAGAGCCAGUCAAGCAGAGCUGCCCCACCCCCAGCAAGGACACAGAUGGCCUGAGCCUGCCAGGCCCACGAACUGCCUGGCAUGGAUUGACAGGGUGUCACCUGGUUGUGGGUGGGCAGUGUCCCUCAGCCCCAGCAUCCUGAGGAGCCCUGGGGAGCGUGCGCUGCUGGGCCCAACAGCCAGGCCACCCGGAGAACAGGAAGGGGAACAAGCCCACUCAAGAACGCUGGUGCCCGCAGGUACCCUUAUGGGCUGCGUAGACACAGCCUCCCAGUGUGGAUGCCUGGGGUAGGGGACAAAUCUGCCAUCUAGAUUUGGCUCUGGGGCAAGUUCCCAGGCCCCCUCACCCCAAAUGGGAGCACAGGCCUGCUCGUCCCAGCACAGCGCACAGCGCACAGCGCAGGGGUCAGGGCACCCAGCAGCUGCCCUGCUUUUCACCAGGGUCUCCACAGGAGUCGUACCUGAUGCACUUGGGUGAAGUUUCAUGAGAAACGCCCAAGGAUGGUCAUAUUUUAAAGCUAAAAUCAAUGUAUUCGCCAUUGAGCAAAUUUUGAAGAAAAGGAUCUUUGAAAGACAAAACCUCUCGGAUGUGCUUCCAUGAUGGCGUGGGUGGGCGAAUGUGAAGGAAGCCGUGAUUCACAGAGGAAUUCCCACUCGAACACCUGCCAGCUCCCCGUGACAGAGCGGCAGCCUCCUGCCUGGCCCGUGUCUUCCAGCAGCCCUGUGUUCCUGCCUCCUCUGUCACCUCGCACCCAGAGCAGGGGCUUCCUCGUCCUCCCAGGGCUCGUGUAUAUCAGCCCCAGGCAUGAGGAAGUGAAUUUAGGUGACCAGGGACUGGCCAGUGGCAGCCUCGUGGCCACAGGGGGCAGUUUUCUGGCCCUGGCCCCAUCUGUCCCUGCUCUGCCCUCUCCCCUUCAGUUUGGCUCUGCAGGAGGGCAGUGGGCGACCCAGUGGGGCUGUUGUCCCAGUGAAGCCCUUACGGUUCUCCCUGCUGCCCAGACAAAAGGCUGUCUGUGUCCCAGAGCCUGGAAAGUGUAAUUUCGCAGCCAGCACCCAUGAUGAAGCAUCUUCUCUGGGCGUGAGGAGAUGGGCGUAUAAAUAUUCUCUGUCUCUGCCGCUCUUUAUUUCCCUGGUAAGCAGUUGCCCCAUUUCUCCAGCUGAUGGAUUCCCCAUCGCAGCCAGGGUGGGAGCUCCCUGGCUCUGCAGUCCAGGCAGCAGCUUCUAAAAUCAUCCUCGUGUCUUGGUUACCUGUGUAUCCUCCCACCCCCCCCCCCAUGAUCCUGCCCUGGCCUACCUGGCAGACCUCAGCGUCACAGCCAGGAGGCAGCAGCCUUGGGUAUAGGUUUCAUGCCGUGUGCAUAAUUACCGGCAAGCCUUGUGAGAACAGGAGUGAACCACUCCUGCAGUGACAGGGCACCAGGCAGGGGAGAAGUCCGGAGCAACUUCCAGCCCCGUGCACAGCUGUUUCUACCAGCUGCUAACCUCAGCAGAAACCACCAUGCUCCCCAUUCCCUUCCGGGGGUGCUACCGUCAAAACCUCGGCAGAGGAAGCACUCGUCAGCCUGCCGCACUCCUAGUGGAGCAACAGCCUCCAUUUUCAUUCGACUUUAAAGCUGAAAGAUGAGGGAGGGCCUAAUUAGUAAACGGACGCUCUAAUAUUAAUCACCCCCUUAAAAUUGACAAGGGAGGCAAUUCAUUUAACCACUUAAUUGCUGCAGGUUUUUAUGGGCUGCUGUUUGCAAACAUUUAAUGAAGAAGUUAUAAAUCUAAGGGAGCUUACGAUUUUAAUUUUAUACCUAAAUAUUUUCCUUGUUCUCAUGUUUGUAGUCAAUCCUCAAGAGUGUAGUCACGUGGAAUGUUCUUUAAAUGAACAUAUUUGCUAACUGGCAUGAUUUCAGUUUUUAAAACAUUGGUUCCAGCAAUUAGGCAUUUUUUUCAGUUCCCAAAUGACUAGAGAAAUUCGUCUUGAUUAUAAUUGCUCUUAGCCACGCAUAUCUAAUUUGUGUCUUUUUAAGUGUUAAUUAGUAAACAGUUUGAGCUGACAUCUUUAUGUGUUUGUGCGUUGAAAAAUGGGGCUUAUUGCUUAUUUAGCUUGGGGCCGAUUCCACUAACAUUUACGUCACGACAUUGAGGUGGAAUUAAUGAAAAUGCAUUUGGCAGCAUGAGGUAAAAAGGAUCUUUAAAUUCAACUUUUAGAUGUCCGUGUUGCCUGGGCCUCUGCCAGUCUCUUCAAAUAUACGAGGUUAGCGUAGAUUUGGGACCUGAGUCCAGCAGGAAUAAAGUGAGGCAGAUUUUUGUAUCAAUAAUGAAAUGGCAGCGUCCCAAUUUUAUAAAAGCAAAAUGUACCUAUUCCCGCACAAUUGUUCAUUCUUUCUACUUUGGAAAGCUUUCCUGGUGCUUAUUAAAUGUUGAAGAAUUUUUGUGGCGUGAACGGGUGCAGCCUGAAAAUGUGUGAUCCCAUAGCACCAUCUAGUGGUAGGAUCUUAAACUGCAGCAGGAAAUAAGGUACCUUUUCUCUGCUUAUGAGAUUCAGCAUUUCACCACCCAGAAUCCUUGUUAUUUCUUUAUUUUUCGGUCAGGAAACUGAAAUGUUUGGGGAAAAAAAACCUGACUGCCUCAGAUAUUAGAAUUUAGGUAAAUAAAUAGGAGCCAACCUGUU